CUCCGAGCCUCGCGUCCCUGCCGCCCGCCCGCCCGCCCGCCCCUCACAAGCGCCGCGGCUCGCAAGCGGCGAUGGCUACAGGCUCCUGUGCCAGCAUAUCGGCUUUGUCGCUAGCGUUACUCGCCUUGUGCGCGCUCAAGGACCAGGUGUCCGCGUCGGGAGUCUUCGAGCUGCAGCUGCACGAGUUCAGCAACGCGGGGGGAGAGGAGGAGGCGCCGCGCGGUGCGCCUCGCCGCUGCUGCGAGCGCGCCGCGUCGGACGCCUGCGAGUGCCGCACCUUCUUCCGCGUGUGCCUCAAGCACUACCAGGCCAGCGUCUCCCCCGAGCAGCCGUGCACAUACGGGGAGCUCACCACGCCCGUGCUCGGAUCCAACUCGUUCCGCGUGGAGGAGACCCGAGGAUUCGCGAACCCCAUCCGCCUGCCCUUCCCCUUCAAGUGGCCUGGCACGUUCUCGCUCAUCAUCGAAGCCUGGCACACCAACUCCACGGAGCGCCUCACCACUGACGACCCCGGCCGCCUGCUGAGCCGCCUUGCCACGCAGCGCCACCUGUACGCGGGUGAGGCGUGGGCCCAGGACGUGCACACGAGCAGCCGCACGGAGCUCAAGUACGCGUACCGCGUGCUCUGCGACGAGCACUACUUCGGCGACAGCUGCUCCACCUUCUGCCGCCCGCGGCGCGACAACUUCGGGCACUACGCGUGCGACGAGGCGGGCAGGCGCGUGUGCCUGCCCGGCUGGCGCGGCAACUACUGCACGGACCCGAUCUGCUUGGCUGGGUGCAGCCCACAGCAUGGACAAUGCGAUCAGCCCGGAGAGUGCAAGUGUCACGUGGGCUGGCAGGGCCGCCACUGCGACGAGUGCAUCCGCCACCCGGGCUGUGUGCACGGUUCCUGUCACCAGCCGUGGAAGUGCAACUGCCAGGAGGGCUGGGGCGGCCUCUUCUGCGACCAAGACCUCAACUACUGCACCAACCACCGGCCGUGCCAGAACGGUGCCACGUGCACCAACACGGGCCAGGGCAGCUACACGUGCGCGUGCCGCCCGGGCUUCACGGGGCCCACGUGCGACACCGAGAUCAACGAGUGCGACAGCAGUCCCUGCCGUCACGGAGGCAGCUGCAUGGACUUGGAGAACGGCUACGCUUGCUCGUGCCCGCCGGGCUUCUCGGGCAAGAACUGCGAGCGCGGCGCCAUGACGUGCGCCGACCAGCCCUGCUUCCGCGGCGGGAGCUGCGUGAGCGCCCCGGGCGGCAGCUACGCUUGCGUCUGCCCCCCCGGCUACACUGGCCUCAACUGCGAGAAGAAGGUCGACCGCUGCAGCAGCGGAGGCAACACCUGCGCCAACGGUGGACAGUGUGUGCCCUCCGGAAACUCGGUGCGCUGCAUCUGCCGCCCCGGCUUCUCGGGCACGCGCUGCGAGAUCGCCGCCACGCAGUGCGCCGCCCGACCCUGCGCCAACGGCGGCACCUGCCAGGACACGGCGAGGGGCUCCGUCUGCAUCUGCCCGCCAGGAUUCGGGGGCCGGGAUUGCUCCCAACCAGCGGCGGACCCCUGCGCCGCACGGCCCUGCUGGAACGGCGCCACCUGCCGCGCCGCCCCGGCGGGUGCGGGUGGUGCCUACCGGUGCACCUGCGUGCCGGGCUACUGGGGGCAGCAGUGCCAGUUCCACCACGAGAUGGAUGAGGGCGACCUGGCCUACACGGCGGAGAUGCCGCCGGAGGAGACGAACGUGGCGAGGCGCGACGGCUACCUGUGGCUGGCCGCGUCGGCGGGCCUGGGCCUCGUGGUGCUGGCGCUGGGCCUGGGCGCCAUGGCGAUGGCGUACGUGCGCGUCACGGCGCACGCGACCACGCGGCGCGUGUCGAGCCGGCGCGGGGGCGGCGGCGGAGGAGCCGGAGAAUCGGAGGCCGUGAAGAACAACAACGCCUGCGAGUACCAGCGUGCCGAGCUGCCCUCGGAGCCCAACCUGCAGCUCAAGAACACUAACAAGGCCGCGGCGCUGGGGAGCGAGGCGUCCGCGGGGCAGAAGUCUAACCACUGGCUCAAGCUGCCCGACUGUAACCUGGCCGGCGCCCGCGGGGACUGCAAGUACCCGCUGGGCGAGGAGAAGAGCGCCCUCACCCAGAACAGUGAAAAGUCCGACCGUCACAUACCGGCCAUGCCGUACACGCAUCACCCCGAGGGGCUGUAUCACCACACUAUCUACCUGAUACCGGACAGCGCCGACAAAAGAGUUCUCGCCACAGAGGUAUGACACUGCAGGCAGGCGUCUUCUGUGGGCCCACGGAGCUUCGGCGAGGAUGGGCGUUGUUUACAAGGGACGUGGGGCGGUGGACCAGUGCUGCUAGUGUGCGGAUGCCUCACGUGUGGGCAAAUCUCGAUUUGGAAGAAAGCCGAGCACUUUUUUUUUUUUGGAAGACUUCACACUGUGACAUGCGGACGUGGUACAAGCACUGUGGGGCACCACGUGGACUCGGGAUCCGUCGGGGCCGAGGGCCCUCGGCGAGCCCAACGCGUGUACAUUACGGAGCGCCGGUGACGGCGGCGGCGCGAGCUCGUCGCAGACGUCAACGCGGAAUUACAGAAGAAUGUGCGCAGAGCUUGGAGCGUAUGACUGCGGAUCUCUUAGCGGCCUCUCACACUGAUUGCACUACUCUCUAUUAUGGAGUCUCUACUAGCGAACUUUAGUGCGGCUGGCCUCACGCAGGCCAGGCCCGAUGCCUUCUCGUCUCUGAUCCUGUCACUUGGUAUUACUUGCUGCAAAUGAAUGUCCUGCUUGUAUAAGUGUUAUUGUUGUGUAUACUGGCUGGCCUCUCCCUAUGCUUCAUAACUUUUGUAUUUUUCUCAUUUACUAUUUGUACCGUAAGAAGAAAAUAUUUUUUUAAUUUUUAGUCCCACUAAAUUAUUUAAUUUUUUAUAUGCGUAUAAUGUAAGGUAUGUGCGGGAAGAUUAUUUAGUUUUGUAUAUACUGUAAAGUUUAUUUAUAAAGUGAGAUUGUGAAGACCAUAAUAUAUUUGUUUUUUUGUACCACAUUCCGAAUUGUUUCAAAAGAACCGUAUUUUUUCAAAAUAAAUUCGUGCUUCCU